AUGGAGAAGGCCCGGAAACCGCUGUGCGUUCACGCUUCCAGGUGGGGCUCAAAUCGCUCCAGACAAAAGCCUCAGCGCUCGGCUGCACUGAGUAGUUUGUCCUGUGGAGGCUGUCACUGCUUCUUCUGGAAAAGUCAUCUCACUGAGCUACGAGGUGCUUUCACCUAUGGCGCCACGCACUCGCCUCAACCAGCCGCACCUCUGCCCUCCAGACAAAGAAAAGGGGGGGGGGGAGGAGUUCACCAGGGCGACCCUCGUGGCCCACCAGACCACCUCUUGCCCUGGGUUCUGUUCAUACACCCUUCUGCCCGACAUCAACAGCACUUCUUUGCUCAAAGGCUAACUACUAGUGUUCAGCAGCAGACGCCUCCUUCUCAGGAUCACCGCUUCCACUGGCUCCCUCCAUCGUUUCUCCCUCACAGAUCUCAGGCAACUACCUCCUCAGCCGGCACUUUGCUGCACGCUGGCCCCCAUCGCAAGAACGGAUCACCCACCAAAGCUUGCCCCCUCCGAUGA